AGCAGGAAGUAUGUUAGCUAAAUCACAUCCAUUGAUCACGGGUCUCUCAGGUUUGCUGUUUUUCUGAGCGAUAGUAAACCUCGAUGUUUCUCUUCUAGCCAUGCUGUAAGAGUUUCGCACGUUUUAUGUGUCACAAGUGGCGCAGAAACUGAAUGCAAGUUCCACCACCUCUACCUCUGACUACAGGCACGGCGAGGAGGGAAUUGUUUGAUAGGUUAGGGUUACUUCGCUCUUUCCUGGAGAACUGCAUUAGCGAUGCUGCAGAUCCAAGGCAUGCCCAUUAGGUUGUUUGAAAAAAGAGUGAGCUUCAGACCCACACCGUUUGAAUGAUCAGUCCAAGAAUGGCUUCCGGAAUGCAAGAGAAACAGUAUACUCCAUCUCUGCUUAGUUUUUUCAUCUAUAACCCUAAGUUUGGACCACGUGAGGGGGAGGAGGAAAAAAAGAUCUUAUUUUACCAUCCUAGUGAAGUGGAGAAGAAUGAAAAGAUUCGCAAUGUUGGACUCUGUGAGGCCAUUGUUCAGUUUACAAGGACCUUCUGUCCCAGAAAGCCAGCCAAGUCUCUUCACACUCAGAAAAACAGGCAGUUCUUCCUUGAGCCAGAGGAGAAUUUCUGGAUGGUUAUGGUUGUACGAAAUCCUAUGAUCGAAAAACCCAACAAGGAUGGCAAACCACCAACUGUAGAAUACCAAGAAGAGGAGCUUCUAGACUCUGUUUAUGGAGCAGUUUUACAGCAGUGUUACAGCAUGUAUAAGAUCUUCAACAGCACUUUCAACAGGGCAGUCGAGACUGGUGGUGUGGAGCUGCUCAUUCAAAAGCUUGAAAAGUUCUUCUACAGGUACCUGCAGACAAUUCACCUGCAGUCCUGUGACCUGCUGGAUGUGUUUGGGGGAAUCAGCUUCUUGCCCCUGGACAAGAUGACCUACCUGAAGAUCCAGUCUUUCGUCAACAAAGUGGAGGAGAAUUUGAGUUUAGUCAAAUACACAGCCUUCCUCUACAAUGACCAGCUUAUUUGGAGUGGGCUAGAGCAGGAUGACAUGCGCAUCCUUUACAAAUACCUGACAACAUCCCUGUUCCCUCGACACUCCGAACCGGAGCUUGCAGGCAGGGACUCUCCUCUAAGGCCGGAGGUGAUGGGGAAUCUGUUGCACUAUGGAAGAUUUUUAACUGGACCUGCCACCCUAAAAGAUCCAGAUGCAAAAUUCAGAUUUCCCAAAAUAUUUGUUAACACAGAGGACAGAUCCGAGGAGCUCCACUUGAUAGUUUACAAGGCAAUGAGCGCAGCUGUGUGCUUCAUGAUCAAUGCAUCGGUGGAGCUGACCCGGGAGUUCUGUGAGCAGAUGGAUGCUCUGGUCGGGCCCCAGCUCACACUGCUGGCUUCGGAUAUUUGUGAACAGUACAACAUAAACCGGAGGAUAUCAGGGCCAGAGAAGGAGCCCCAGUUUAAGUUCAUCUACUUCAACCACAUGAACCUAGCGGAAAAGAGCACCAUCCACAUGCGCAAGACAGCCGGUGCCUCUCUCUCCUCGGUCCACCCUGACCUCAUGAAGAUCCUUGGAGACAUUAACUGUGAUUUUGCACGGGUUGAUGAAGAUGAAGAGAUCAUUGUAAAAGCAAUGACGGACUACUGGGUUGUGGGAAAGAAGUCAGAUCAGAGGGAGCUGUAUGUUAUUCUGAACCAGAAGAAUGCUAAUUUGAUUGAAGUGAAUGAUGAGGUGAAAAGACUAUGUUCGACACAGUUCAAUAACAUUUUCUUCUUGGACUGAGGACCAUAAGAGAAGGGAGGGAUGUGAUUACACUAAAACCUGUCAGCUGUUCAUGUUUUAAUGACAGCAUCAGUGUAAUGCAAUAAUUGCAUUGUUAAAAAAAUAAUUUUCAUAUUAUGCAAUUUUUUUAAAGAUUUUUAUUUAAUCUAUACAAGGUGACUGUUCCUGUAAUUAACUGUAAACUGAAAAUUUUACUGAUUUUUAUAUACAUUUUAUAUAUACAUUGUGUGUGUGUGUGUAUGUAUAUAUGUGUUUAUAU